GUCUCCACUCCUGGUCUGAUCAAGACAGCUGUGAUCAAAGCCUCUAUCUGCACCAUGUACCCACCACCCCACUGCUCCUACCUCUUGGAUGUCCUACUGCUGACCACCUUCCUGACACUCAUCUCCUCUCCCUCAUGUUCUUCACAAGCAGGACAGUCAAGAGUGUUCCAAGUACCCAGGACAUCAAACCUAAAGGGAAGGACCCUGGUGCUCCUUGAUGUUAACACUAAGACCCCAAUGAGAAUGGUCAGUGAGAACUUUCUAUCAGUUCAAUUGGACCCCUCAAUCAUCCAUGAUGGCUGGCUGGACUUUCUAAGCUCCAAGAGACUGAUCACUUUGGCCAGGGGUCUGGCUCCUGCCUUCCUAAGGUUUGGGGGGAAGAGGACAGAUUUCUUACAGUUCCAGAACGUAAAGAACCCAGCAAAGAGCAGAGGAGGACCAGGGCCUGAUUACUACCUGAAGAACUACGAGGACGAUAUUGUUCGCAGUGAUAUUUCUCUGGACAAGCAGAAAGGCUGCAAUACAGCUCAUCACCCAGAUACCAUGCUAGAGCUACAAAGAGAAAAGGCUGCUCAGAUGCAUCUGGUCCUCCUUAAGGAGCAAUUCUCAAACACCUACAGCAACCUCACAUUAACAGCCAGGUCUCUUGACAAACUCUAUAACUUUGCUGACUGCUCUGGACUCCAUCUGAUUUUUGGACUAAAUGCUCUUCGGCGAAACUCAGAUAAUUCUUGGAACAGCUCCAGCGUGCUCAGCUUACUGAAAUACAGCGCCAGCAAAAAGUACAACAUUUCAUGGGAAUUGGGAAAUGAACCCAACAACUACCGGACAUUAAAUAGUCGAGCUGUAAAUGGCAGCCAGUUGGGGAAAGACUAUCUUCAGCUUAAGAACUUACUGCAGUCUAUUCGUACCUAUUCUAGAGCAAGUUUAUAUGGACCAAAUAUUGGACGACCCAAGAAAAAUGUUCUUGAUCUGCUAGAAGGAUUUAUGAAAGUAGCGGGCAAAACAGUUGAUGCUGUUACCUGGCAACAUUAUUAUAUUGAUGGACGAGUGGGGAAAGUGAUGGACUUUAUGAAAACCCGACUACUGGACGCACUUUCUGAUCAAAUUAGAAAAAUUCAGAAAGUGGUAAAUAUGCACGCCCCAGGAAAGAAAGUAUGGCUUGGAGGUGUUGGAGCCCCAUGGUCCAGAGGUACUAACAACCUAUCGGACACCUACGCUGCAGGAUUCUUGUGGCUAAACACGUUAGGAAUGUCAGCCAAUCAAGGAAUUGACGUUGUGAUCCGACAUUCGUUCUUUGAUCACGGUUUCAACCACCUGGUAGAUCAAAACUUUAACCCGCUGCCGGAUUACUGGUUAUCCCUUAUUUUUAAAAAGCUGGUGGGCCCUAAAGUAUUGGCAGUUCAUGUAGCUGGUAUACAGCGGAAGCCACGUCCUGGGAAAGUAAUAAGAGACAAACUUCGGAUCUACGCACACUGUACCAGUUACCACAACCAUAAUUACGUGCGAGGAUCAAUAACGCUUUAUAUCAUCAAUCUACAUCGGUCGAGAAAAAAAAUUAAGCUUGCUGGGACAUUGCGAGACAGAAUUGUCCAUCAGUAUCUUCUGCAGCCUUUUGGGGUAGAGGGAAUCCAGUCAAAAUCCAUACAGCUGAAUGGGCAACAUCUUGUGAUGGUGGAUGAUGGAACGUUACCCGAACUGAAGCCACGACCGUUACGACCAGGACGUACUCUUGUCAUCCCUCCACUGACCAUAGGCUUUUAUGUGGUUAAGAAUGUAAAUGCGGUGGCAUGUCGCUAUCGGUAGUCAAACCUCAAACAAUGAUUGCUAUGAAAACAUGUGUUGCAACAACAACUAUACCAAAUUGAUUACUUUUUAAAGGAGUAGUCUGUGUAUUACAUCAUUUUCAACCGUCUGUAAGCCUUUACUAGCCUGCUGCUUAGACCAGUACCUAUCUGUAAUGGGUAUUGUAUUCUGAAUAUGUACAAAACAAAAUUUAUGGAUUUAAUUACUUGAUACACGUUUAUUCGUAAGGAUGUGUUAUUGAUAGAGAAGGAUAGGAUGAAGAAGAACCAUUUUGUUCUUUCAAAAGGGUCACGGUAUUGCAAAAACAUUAUAUCUUGUGUGCCUUCCUGUUUCUGUAUAUUUUAAUGUACCACUUUGAGAAACUACUUCAGUUCCCUGACUUGGUUUUCUGGUCUCGAGAAAAAUAAUAUUGACAAGCUCAUAUUAUGCUAUAACCACACUGCUCUAUUUUAAAAUGCAGUUCAGCCUGAAAUUAUUCUAUGGCCUAAUGCAUCUAGAGAUUUUAAGUGCUUGUUUUGGUACUUGCGUCCUACAUUAUAACCUAAAAAUACUCUGGCC